AGGUGGUAGGAAGUGUACCUUCACUGGUGACUCCUCUGUCCCCUCUGGAGCCUGCAGCUCCUCUAGAGGGGGGCACCAGAUCACAGGUUCAAGUUGGGGUGGGGGGAUGGCUUCCAUGAGUCUGAGCGCACACAGCCACAUCCUCAGGUGCCUCCAAGAGCCAGUGCCUGCCGAAGGGUACCUGGGAGGCCCUCGGCUGGUGUUGGAGGAAGAUGUCGCCAUGAGAGAGGUUCGCACAUUUGCAGGUGGACUUGCUUUUGCUGCUUUAUACUCAGCAGAGCUCUGAAAGCUUUUGCAGCUGUCCUCUUCUGCACGCUGACCAGGAUUUGCCUGGGACACUGGCAGGUGAGGAUGAAGAACCUGCUUAGGCGCUGCAGGGAGAGGCAGGUGGCUGCGCUCGCUUUCCUUCCAUCUCUUCUGGACGAGGCGGGAGGUCCGCCUGGGGCCCUGCAGACAGAGUCCUGCAGCUUCUAGGAGCUCAUUCGUCUCUGAUGUGGGAAGCAAGGCCCAGGGAGGGACAGGGACUGGCUGUGGCCACAGGGAUGUGGGUGGCCUUCUGCGCCCCAAGUGGGGCGUGUCUCCUGGGCACCUCCUCUGGCUUUGAUGUCAGGUGAGGCUUCCUGCAGGGCCUUGGAAAGUUCCAGAGCAUCAGGAUUAUCCACACGUGAAUGUCUUGGGGGUUGCUUUCUCAAGUGCUUUGAGGUACAUUAUUUUUCUCCUUGGGAAAACACUUCAGCUUUUCUUCAGCUGACAUUUUUUCAACUGCAACUUCCGGCGAGCAGGUUCCAGAGGCUGUCCCUAUCCUUCGGGCCAGGCAGGGUGCUGUGGCCCAGCCAGGAGGGGCAGCAGCCGAGUGUUAGACCAGCGGGAAGUCCCACGCCAGGGACCUGCUGGGGCAGGACCCCUGGGCGUCAAGUGUGGGGCUGGCGUGGUGGGGAUAAAGUCCCCCUUGCUGGUUCUGUCAUGGCCAGGUUCCUGGGAGAGAGCACUGCCAACCUCAGAGGGAGACCCAGAUGGGGGGGGGGGGGGCCCACUUCCUUGGCUCCCCUUCCACCUGGCUGUACUGCCCUGGCACCCCACCCCCUUUGGGACAGCACAUGUCUGUGGGGCUGGUGACUCAAUCCAGGACCCACUGGGUGGGAAGAGAGCCCAGCACUGCUAGGUCCAGGGUCAGGUUAAUUGGAGAAGCGAUUGGAUACGGAGUUGGGAGAGGGAGGGGGCAGGCUGGGAUCCUGGGCCUCCCUCCUCCCUCCCUCCUUUGCUGGAGGAGCCAACUUCAAAAGCCUGUCCGCCUGCCGCCAGCCCAGCCACAGCCGCCCUGCUGCAGCCCGUCCAGGGAAGCCUUUGGCUGGGGUUGACUGGGCUUGGAGCCGGACCUGGAGAGCUCUGCACCCCACCUGAGGACCCCAGGAUCAUGUUGGAGACUCAGAGGCAGGAGUGAGGGAGGGCCUGCCCCUGAGAGGCCCAUGGUAACCCCCAAGCCCGUGCUCUGGGCGCUCCUGCUGGCGCUGCUAGGAACCGCGCUCCCCGCCCAGCCCCGCGCCUGCAGUGUCCCCGACGUGCUGCGCCACUACCAGGCUGUCAUCUUGGAGGACCUGCAGGCCGCAGCGAGGCGGGCAGGGCCGGGGGACGCAGGGGACGGGCCAGGCUCCAGACAUCUCCAUUUCGUUCAGAAAAACCAGACUGACGCCGUGGCCCCUGGACGGCGGGGUCGGGUGGGGCCCUCCUGUGGCGCCCAGAAGGAGCACAGUAUUCUAGUGUCCAUCGCGGCCCUGGGGCGGGCCCUGCGUGGAGCGGUGGCUGGGGACCCCCGCGGGGCCCUGGAGAGAGCUGCCUGGACCGUGGCCCUGCGCACCGAGGCGGUGAUGCGGCGCCACUGCCGGCCGCUGCGCCAGCGGAGCCGCCGGGGCUGGUGGGCUCGGCCGCGCCCUCAGCGGCAUCGCGGCAGGCGGAGGCGGCUCCUGCUGCGAGCCCUGGACGCCGUCGCCACCUGCUGGGAGAAGCUCUUCGCCCUGCGAGCCUUGGGCAGCCGCGGCCCCUAGCUCGCCCUGCCAGGGGCCUUGGGAUGAGUCUCGUUUGGUGACCACCGAGGGCUCCGUGCUGACCUGGCUGACCAUUGAGUCCCACCCAGGUCUCAUCCUGACCCCUGUUCACCCGAGGGCGCGGGACCUGGAGGUGUGAGCACUGUUCGGUACCAGGCUGCCCUGCACACACCGAGAGAGGCCUCAAUAAACAGCUGGUGUUGCCAGUCCGGUUCUUGUUC